CAUUCUAGAAACGGCCCUGGAAACAGGAUUUAAGUGGAAUUGCUCACGGAACUCAGAGGGCUUCAAGCGUGUAGAUUCGCAUGCUUCUUCUAUUCUACAGGUUGGACGUUAUUAAUACAUCGCGGCGUUUGCUUGACGGCGACACUCCCCCCUGGUCGACGGGAGCCAGACGCAGCCCACGGAGGAGUGGAUGGCUUCUGUAAUAAAAAUACAUGAAGAGAAUUGAGGAAAAGAAGAUUGGUCGGGGGCAAAGCCAGCGACACGGCGUCCUGUUCCUUUCGCCUCUUCCCCGGUGCGGAGCCACGGACCCGUGCGCCGCUUUUUUGGGAGGGGAGGUCACACUCGGGCAUAAUUUCGCUGCGACUAGCGAGAGCUCCGUGCGAAAUGCCGUUUUCUGUGUGGUUUCUUUGGUUUACCGAGCUGACACGGAGAUAUAACUGUACUGUAUCCCAGCCUAGCGGAUCGGAGUGAAAGUCCGCCAUAUUCUGCCUUACCACGCCCGGGAGUGGAGCCAUUGGAAAAUAAACGGACAACCUCGCUCAUGUGUUUUUCUCGCCAACGCAGACUGCGAGUUGGAAAACAAACAAGGUAUUUCAGAGAUUUAAAAUACCAUCAGCGUUGAGGACUUUGGAAAGAGCCUGGCCGGAGUACGGAUGACAAUACCUAUCCAGAUCAGUGCGGAUGGUGUGUUUUAAAAAAGAUCUGUUGAUCAUACAGACACAGAAGAUCAGAUUAUACCCAUCGACCGAGCAAAAAAAUUCAACUCAACCCGCUUUCUAUUCUGUUAGAAGCUUUCAGCAGGCCCAGAAAGCGAACUGAAACACAGGGAAGAGGGUGGGAGGGGGUGGGGGACUCCAAUAAUUCCUCUCAAAUAUCUUAUUUUCCGUCUCUACUCCAGUCUGAACACGCAGACCCACUACAACAGCGGUUUAUCACCUAAAGCCGGCCUGUAUGAGGACGUUUUUGACAUUCACAGGCCUCUGGUUUUCCCUCCGCGACAAAUGUGAAAUCUGAAUGACUCAAUACAGAGGGGGGGGACAAGCGGAGUUAUAGUGCGUGUUUGAAAAAGGAAAAGGACCGAGAAUGACCCUGGAAUCCAUAAUGGCGUGCUGCCUCAGCGAGGAGGCGAAAGAAGCCAGGCGGAUCAACGACGAGAUCGAAAGGCAGCUCCGCCGGGAUAAGAGGGACGCACGCCGGGAGCUGAAACUGUUGCUUCUCGGAACUGGUGAAAGUGGGAAGAGCACAUUCAUCAAGCAGAUGAGGAUCAUCCACGGUGCCGGUUACUCCGAUGAGGACAAACGGGGUUUCACCAAGCUCGUCUAUCAGAACAUCUUCACGUCCAUGCAGGCUAUGAUCCGAGCUGCAGAGACGCUGAAGAUCUCCUACCAAUUAGACUCCAGCAAGACUAAUGCCAACAUUGUUAGAGACGUGGACGUAGAGAAGGUCACCAGGUUGGAGAGUCCUUACAUAGAUGCCAUCAAGAACUUGUGGAAAGACCCCGGCAUCCAGGAGUGUUAUGAUCGAAGGAGGGAGUACCAGCUCUCAGACUCCACUAAAUAUUACCUGGACUCACUGGACCGGAUCGCCCAACCAAUCUAUCUUCCCACCCAGCAGGACGUGUUGAGGGUUCGAGUCCCGACCACGGGCAUUAUCGAAUAUCCAUUUGAUCUCCAGAGCGUCAUAUUCAGGAUGGUGGACGUCGGGGGUCAGAGGUCGGAGAGGAGGAAGUGGAUCCACUGUUUUGAGAACGUCACAUCCAUCAUGUUCCUGGUCGCCCUCAGCGAGUACGACCAGGUGUUGGUGGAGUCUGAUAACGAGAACCGGAUGGAGGAGAGUAAAGCUUUGUUUAGAACAAUAAUCACAUACCCCUGGUUCCAAAACUCCUCCGUCAUUUUGUUCCUGAACAAGAAAGACCUGCUGGAGGAGAAGAUCAUGUUCUCCCAUCUGGUCGACUACUUCCCGGAGUACGACGGACCUCAGAGAGACGCUCAAGCAGCUCGAGAGUUCAUCCUGAAGAUGUUUGUGGACCUGAAUCCAGACAGUGAUAAGAUCAUCUACUCUCACUUCACCUGCGCCACCGACACGGAGAACAUCCGCUUCGUCUUUGCAGCCGUCAAAGACACGAUCCUGCAGCUCAACCUGAAGGAGUACAACCUGGUGUAGAGUGCGGCUCCUCCCUGAAACACUGACUGACUCGAUCUGUGAAAAGAUAGCUUUCACACACACAAAUACACGCUUACAAAUUAUCUAAGGAAAACAAAAUCUAACGGUUGCAUAAUACUAAUUUAUUUGCCCUUUGUUGACCUCUUUUUGCGCGAGGGGUUUCAUUUUGCUAUUUAAGGAGCUCCAUCACAUCUGCCUUUUUAUAAACGACCUUUCUUUUUGUAACCCUCCUCAUCUAUCAUCCUCUCCAAAGGUUCGCCAUGAACGUUAGCUUAACAGGAAGUGAUGUAACAUCUCUCCUAUCAAUAGCCUCUUUUUUUUUCUUUUUUUUUAAUGCAUCUUGUCGGCAUGUCUCUUGUAAUGUUGCCAUAAACUGUGAUUUUUAAAUUAUUUGAGAUUGAUUUGAUAUUGAUUGACUUCAAUCAUUAUUCUUGUUCUAAUGUUACAUUGCUUUGGUACCAUUUGAGCACAUUUCCUGCUUAUUCGGACACAAACGUGAAGUUCAGGACAAGAAGGAGAAAUCGCCUGAGCGACGGUGUGUUGAAGAUGCCUUCCACAGACUGCCGGGACGAGAGGGGCUCUCGAUUUCUGACACAUUUACUAAAAGUGUUUCCUUUAAAGCGUGCCACACCGAAGCUUUUCUUUCAAAUUGUAAUUAUUACCGAUGCCAAAAACAACUCGAGCACAAGGAUGCUGGUGAGGAAAGAAAAGAGCAGGAGCAACAGACUGACAUGUUGAUCGACCAUCUGAGUCCUGCAGGUUAUGAAGUGUUCACCGUCCAGUCCAAUCACAGCUUAGCAGUAUCUCUGUGUCCAAUCACGGCCCGGCUUUCCAGACUGUUGUAGCUGAACUAGAAGUGGAGAAUAAAUGUGGUUGGUUGCUACGUAAAGAGGCAAAAAAAAAAAAAAAAAGGGCAGUGUU